AUGGGAACGUCAGUCUGCUACAGCGUGGCUCGUCAGCGUGGCUCGUCAGCGUGGCUCGUCAGCGUGGCUCGUCAGCGUGGCUCGUCAGCGUGGCUCGUCAGCGUGGCUCGUCAGCGUGGCUCGUCAGCGUGGCUCGUCAGCGUGGCUCGUCAGCGUGGCUCGUCAGCGUGGCUCGUCAGCGUGGCUCGUCAGCGUGGCUCGUCAGCGUGGCUCGUCAGCGUGGCUCGUCAGCGUGGCUCGUCAGCGUGGCUCGUCAGCGUGGCUCGUCAGCGUGGCUCGUCAGCGUGGCUCGUCAGCGUGGCUCGUCAGCGUGGCUCGUCAGCGUGGCUCGUCAGCGUGGCUCGUCAGCGUGGCUCGUCAGCGUGGCUCGUCAGCGUGGCUCGUCAGCGUGGCUCGUCAGCGUGGCUCGUCAGCGUGGCUCGUCAGCGUGGCUCGUCAGCGUGGCUCGUCAGCGUGGCUCGUCAGCGUGGCUCGUCAGCGUGGCUCGUCAGCGUGGCUCGUCAGCGUGGCUCGUCAGCGUGGCUCGUCAGCGUGGCUCGUCAGCGUGGCUCGUCAGCGUGGCUCGUCAGCGUGGCUCGUCAGCGUGGCUCGUCAGCGUGGCUCGUCAGCGUGGCUCGUCAGCGUGGCUCGUCAGCGCGAGUGCCCUCGUCUGUGAACACGCCGGCAGCCGUCGAAGAACCGUCCGCCCGCGAAAGAGGCGAGGCGACUGAUGAAAAGAGAUUCGCGGCCCUCGCCGCAGACUGA